AUGUCUGACGAGGAACGAAAAGUCCAGAGUAGCCAACAUAGCCAAGAUCUCGAGCACAUGGAGGCUCUGAACAAGUUCCGGUCUGCGGCUAGCGUAGCCAUGACACCAGAACUGUUCGAGAAGCUUUACCUCUCACCUCAGAACAAGAUCCAUGGCGAUUUGCGAAAGACCUUCGCUAAUCCGACGCCAAUCCCAAUCGCAGGCUUUCUUCUAUGUUUGACACCUCUCUCGAUGGACCUGAUGGGUUGGCGUGGAGCUGGUGGUAAUGGUGCCGCAAGCAUUGCCGUAUACUUUUUCCAAGGAGGUAUCCUCAUGACCAUCGGUGGCAUCCUUGAAUGGAUUCUCGGGAACACGUUCCCAGCAGUCGUCUUUUCUGUUUUCGGCACAUUUUGGCUCGCAUACGGUGGUCUUUUAAAUCCGUCUUUUGCCGCAUUCUCUUCAUAUGCUCCACCAGACGCCAAGUCGGCCGCAGAAGGGUUGCAAACCACAGGAUUCAACGCCAGUAUCGCCUACUGGUUCCUCUUCAUGGGUGUAAUCUGCUUUGUGUUCCUUAUUUGCUCUCUCCGGACCAACAUUGUCUUCUUCACUAUAUUUUUGUCCUUGGUCAUCGCUUUCGGUCUCCUAACUGGUGCUUUUCUCCUCAAUGCCGAUGACAUAAGUGGUAACACAAGCAAAGCUCACAAACUCAUUGUGGGUGCCGGUGCAUGCACAUUUAUUACUUCCAUGUCGGGGUGGUACAUUUUCUUGGCUCUUUUGCUUGCGUCAGUCGACUUUCCCAUUCAGAUCCCGGUCGGUGAUUUAAGUACAGUCAUAAAGGGAAAGUCUGAAAAGUUGUGA